UUCCUUCAGUUGGCCACGUGCUGUAGUCUUGUAAGGUUGGUCUGUAACUCUCCGCUUGCUAAGAAACUCAGUACGAAACAUUGGCUUGCAACAGAUAGUCAAAAGAAUUAUGAUUUUGAAGUGUUUUGUAUCAAGAUUACAUCUACUACGAACGAUACCCUUCCUUGAAUUAUAGAUUCAUAGUUGCUGACUCAACACAUCCAGACUCAAUAUUCACCGAGGAAAAGUGUGUUUUCAUAAAACUUUUAUUCAAGUGAAACUUUGUAGUGCAAUAAAAAGCUAUACAUCGGAAUAGAUUUAUAAUCCAACCAAAAUAUUUUAGGGUGAUUUGGAUCGAAUAUGAAGAUACGCUUAGACGGUGACUACCAUUAUUUCGGAAGCGCUGCAAAAACAAUGGAUAACGUUUUUCGCCAGAGAAGGAUGGCGUUCGUACCCAAAAGGACGAGUGAAUUGGUAGCACUGAUGGCUAUCUCAGCAACUCUCUUCCUAUUUCUCCACACACGUGAUCUCCAUUCAAAAUUACGACAGAUGGAAGGCCGUCUCCAGCCAGAGGACCUCACGCAAUCCGCUGCUAAUCAGAUCUCAGGAGGAAGUGCGAUGUCAGCUGUCAGCGCAAUGAUGCGUCAACUGAAGGAAAGUGGAGAAAUAAGCAAUCUUGAUGCGAAGGCUUUGAACAAUACAAGAUUUGCACGCAAAGAGAUGAUUUUCUUCAAUCGAGUUCCAAAAGUGGGAAGUCAGACAUUCAUGGAGCUUUUGCGAACUCUAGGCCAGCAUAAUGGAUUCGCCUUCAAUAGAGAUCACAUACAGCGUGUGGAGACCGUUCGCUUGGCUCCAGCUGAACAGCUUGAGCUUGCUGCUAUGAUCAACAGCUAUCCAACACCGUCGGUCUUUGUAAAGCACAUAUGCUUCAUAAAUUUCACACAGUUCCAUCUACCAGAGCCGAUUUAUGUGAACAUGGUGAGAGACCCUGUGGAACGAGUGAUUUCUUGGUACUACUACGUUCGGGCUCCAUGGUACUAUGUCGAAAGGAAGCAGGUGUUCCCUGACAUUCCAUUGCCUGAUCCAAUGUGGCUCAAAAAGGAUUUCGAGACGUGUGUUCUGCAAGGAGAUAGGGAAUGCCAGUACAUAGAGGGUGCAUUGCGCGAGGGAAUCGGUGAUCACCGUCGUCAAUCACUCUUCUUCUGUGGUCACAGUGAUGCAUGCACGCCUUUCAAUACCCAAGGAGCUUUGCAGAGAGCUAAGAGAGCUGUUGAGGAAAAUUACGCAGUAGUUGGAGUAUUGGAGGAUCUAAAUUCGACUUUGACCGUUCUUGAGCACUACAUUCCGAGGUUUUUCAAGGGAGCAAGGCAGGUUUAUAGAGAUGAGGUGGAACGAUUCAAAGGAAUAAACAGGAAUAUUUUCAAGCCGCCAGUCAGCGAGGAAGUUAAGGAAAUUGUCAGGAGAAAUUUCACUCGCGAGAUUGAAUUCUACCAUUUCUGCAGGCAAAGACUGCAUCGUCAGCUGCUAGCUCUACAAUUGCCUGAAACAAGUGAAGGUUUACGAUGACCUAAUCAAUGUUCAGUUCAACUACUUUUAGGAUACCUUCAUCACUCCCAUUCAAGUGUUCAUCAACCAUAAUAUGAUCACAAUCAUAUUCAUAUCACUGAUUAAUGACAUCAAAAUCAACAAUCAUGAAUUCGUUGAUUAUGAAAUUAAAUAAGUAUCUUCCUUUCAUCUGAUUCGCUUUAAUAAUUGUUGAAAUUAGAAUCAGGGACCAAUAUUAAUUUAUUGUGUGAUAUUUUGCAGUUUUCCAUGAUUUGGUACCAAUGUACUAAGUUUGAAAAAUAUACAUAGGUUGAAUAAUUGAGAUACACAGUACGGCUGAAGAAUUUUGUUUGGACAAUAAUUAAAAAGGCAAAAUCAUAUUUCAGGAUUAUUGAGGAGAAUGCUUAUGUUUCUAAUUCAUAUCAUGUUAAUUUAUAAUAAUAUUUUAUUAUGAAUUUUAAAUCAAGGGAAACGUACUGUACAAUUCUACUUUCAAUUAAAUAGUGAUCUUAUGAUACGGUUAAUUAAGAAACUGAUUGGGCCAGAACAUUCAAAUUUAUCAUGGAUGAUGUAUGAACUCUUUGUGAUACCGAAACUGAUUUAUAGAUUGAUAUGUCUCCAAAUUGAGGGUGUACAUUGGAUUAGUAUUAGAGCUGUAAUUGGAUAUUCUGAACCAAUGCAUUGACCGACAAAAAUAGACUGUUCAUAAUCUCUUCUCAAUAAUGUUAUAAAUUUAUUUUGAAUCGUUGGAUUAGAAUUAAAUUAUUGCUUUCACUUUUUUCAACAAAUUUUUAUAAAAUUUCAUUGAGUUCAAAUUUAUGCUGUAUGUUAGAGAUAGAAAGACCGACCAAAAUGUCUCAUAUCAACUCAGAGCAUGCAGAGUUCCAAAAUAUGAUCUUAUUUACAUCGUAAUCUAUGUUAAUAGUUUCACUAGAUUCCUCAGAUCUCAUCUGAUAUAUUUUCAAUUGGAUCUGGAUGGACCUUUCGAUAUCUCAAAUAAAUUAUGAUCUGAUUCAUAAUGACAAAUUACUUUUGACAAAAUGCAAUGACCGCAAAAACUGCUAAAAAAAGCCUGAAUAAUUUUUUUGAGACUAGAAAGCAUAUAUGCUACUAUAAUAUAAUCUUGUAACAGCAUUGGGGGUAAGAAGUGGUUAGUUCAAGUUGAAAAGAGAUCUUGUUUGAAAUAUGAGACAAUAUCAUUGGAUUAAAAAGAAUAGUUUCCUUUAUCAAUCAUAAAUUAGAAUAAGAGACUAGAGAUCACUAUUCUAUACAUUAUCGAACCUAUUGAUAGCUCCAACAUCCAAUAAUGGAUUGUUAUAACUUGAUGCUUCGCAACGAAUGAAUGAUGUUACAAAAUAAGAGCUUAUGCUCGACUAUUUUAGAAACUGUUAGUUACAAUAGAUGUAUAAAUUAAUUUAUAUAGUUGAUUUGUUACGACUGUUAAUGUGAUAAAUAAAUUGUUUUACCAAGAAAA